AUGAAGCAGAUCAAAAUGGACAGCAACAUGUGCCAGUGUGGAUCAGGAAGGGGACAUCUUGAAACAGGAAGCCACAACAAAUUCCUUGCUGCCCACCCCUCAGAGGAAAGCCGGGCUCCGGGGAGUGGGGCUCUUCUGAAGAGAUGGCUUCCUCUGCUCCCUCGUCCUCCAACGACGCUCCGGACCCCACCCCAACUAAUUUACGACCCACAACUUACGAUUCGUGGUGCGGCGUGGCUCACGGGUGCACCAGGAAAAUCGGACUGAAGAUAUGCGGGUUCCUGCAAAGGACCAACAGUCUGGAAGACAAGGGCCGGAUCGUCAGCUCCCUGAAGGAAAGGCAGUCCUCUAAGGGCCUGUUGGCAUGCGAGAACAGCGAGAAGGAAUCCAGGUUCCGACGCACCGAGACCGACUUCUCCAAUCUGUAUGCCAGAGAUUUGCUGCCUGCCAAGAAUGGAGAGGAGCAGACCAUGCAGUUCCUGCUUGAGGUCGUGGACAUCCUCCUCAACUAUGUGAGGAAGACGUUUGACAGAUCUACCAAAGUGCUGGACUUCCAUCAUCCGCACCAGCUCCUGGAGGGCAUGGAGGGCUUCAACCUGGAGCUCUCGGACAACCCCGAGUCCCUGGAGCAGAUCCUAGUGGACUGUCGAGACACACUGAAAUACGGCGUGAGGACAGGUCAUCCUCGUUUUUUCAAUCAGCUGUCCACAGGACUGGACAUUAUUGGCUUGGCUGGAGAGUGGUUGACAUCAACUGCUAAUACAAACAUGUUUACCUAUGAAAUUGCUCCUGUUUUUGUCCUCAUGGAACAAAUAACACUUCGAAAGAUGAGAGAAAUUAUUGGAUGGUCAAACAAAGAUGGUGAUGGAAUAUUCUCACCUGGAGGAGCUAUCUCCAACAUGUACAGCAUAAUGGCUGCACGGUACAAGUACUUCCCUGAAGUCAAAACCAAAGGCAUGGCUGCAGUCCCUAAACUGGUUCUCUUUACCUCAGAACAUAGCCACUAUUCAAUAAAGAAAGCUGGAGCUGCACUUGGAUUUGGAACAGACAAUGUGAUUUUGAUAAAAUGCAAUGAAAGAGGCAAAAUAAUACCAGCUGAUUUGGAGGCAAAAAUUCUGGAAGCAAAACAAAAGGGAUAUAUUCCUCUCUUUGUAAAUGCAACUGCAGGCACAACAGUAUAUGGAGCCUUUGAUCCAAUACAGGAGAUUGCAGAUAUAUGUGAAAAAUAUAACCUCUGGCUCCAUGUAGAUGCUGCUUGGGGAGGUGGGCUCUUAAUGUCUCGAAAGCAUCGUCAUAAAUUGAGUGGAAUAGAAAGAGCCAAUUCAGUUACUUGGAAUCCACACAAGAUGAUGGGAGUGUUGUUACAAUGUUCUGCCAUUCUUGUCAAGGAGAAGGGUAUACUUCAAGGCUGCAAUCAGAUGUGUGCAGGCUAUCUCUUCCAGCCAGACAAACAGUAUGAUGUAUCAUAUGACACUGGGGAUAAGGCAAUACAGUGUGGUCGACAUGUGGACAUUUUCAAGUUCUGGUUGAUGUGGAAAGCGAAGGGUACAGUAGGAUUUGAAAACCAGAUCAACAAAUGCCUGGAGCUGGCAGAAUAUCUCUACACUAAAAUAAAAAACAGAGAAGAAUUUGAGAUGGUUUUUGAAGGGGAGCCAGAGCAUACAAAUGUAUGUUUUUGGUAUAUUCCGCCGAGCCUCAGGGGAAUGCCAGACUCUGAUGAGAGAAGAGAAAAGUUACACAGGGUGGCACCCAAAAUCAAAGCACUGAUGAUGGAGUCAGGUACUACCAUGGUUGGAUAUCAGCCUCAGGGCGAUAAAGUCAACUUCUUCCGAAUGGUCAUCUCAAACCCAGCAGCAACUAAGUCUGACAUUGACUUCCUCAUUGAGGAAAUAGAGAGACUGGGGCAAGAGCUGUAG